AUGCGGGGAUUUCUGGGCUUCGUGGCUUCCUUCUAUCCUCUCCUCGUGAGGGGACAGGUCUUUUCAAGCUGGGAUGUCUCCAACGGAACCACUACGCUGUUAGGGAACUCAUUUGGCGUGUCCGGCGUUGAGGCGGAAUAUGACUACAUUGUUGUUGGUGCAGGUACAGCUGGUGGCGCCGUCGCUGCUAGACUGGCUCUUGCUGGCUUCUCUGUCGGACUUGUCGAGGCCGGUUCGUUCUACGACCUGGACAAUGGGAACAAGACCACGGUUCCGGGCUAUGACCAAACCACCCAUCCAAAUGACCCCUUGGACUCCCUAGUUGACUAUGACUUUGUGACCGAGCCGGAGCCGGGUUUGAAUGGUCGUCAACUGCAUUAUUCGGCUGGAAGAACCUUUGGUGGAGGUUCGGCCGUAAACCUCAUGGGUUACCAACGCUUCACUGUGGGAACCUUUGAUCGAUGGGCCGAGAAGAUUGGCGACGACUCCUGGAAGUGGGAUGGAGUGUUCCCCUUCUACAAGAAGAGCGCAAACUUCACUCCUCCCAACUACGACAAGAUAGAUCCUCGGUUCAACAUCAGCUAUGACGCCGCGGCAUUUGACGUGGACGCCGACGCUCCUCUACAGAUCUCAUACGGCAACAACUAUCAGGACUACGGUCCCGGUGUUGCCGAAGGAUUUGAAAACAUGGGCUUGGAUCACAUCCCUGGGCUCAACAGUGGCUACCUCAUUGGAUAUGGUACCAUGAGCGCAACUGUUGAUCCCAAGGCGGCGACUCGGGAUACUUCGGCCACGUCAUUUGUUAAGAAAGCGAUCGACGAAGGAACCAAACUCAAGAUCUAUCAGACCACUACCGCCAAGCGCAUUCUGUUCGACGAGAACAAGAAGGCCACUGGUGUGGAGGUUGAGGCAGUGGGACCGAGGCCCUUCACCUACAAGUUGAAUGCGACGAAGGAAGUCAUUGUCUCGGCUGGAGCGUUCCGCUCUCCCCAACUGCUUUUGGUGUCUGGCAUUGGACCGGAGAAGAUCCUGAAGGAGCACAACAUCUCGACCGUUGCUAUCUCGGAAGGAGUUGGUCAGAAUACCGAGGACCAAGUGUGGCUCGGCUUCUCCUGGGGAGUCAGUGUCAAGACCAAGACCCAGAUAGUUCUGGGUAACCCCGAUUACGUCGUGCCUGCGGUGGAGGAGUAUCUGACCAACCAGUCUGGUCCGCUGUCCGGCAUUGGAGCCGGAGAGUUUACAGGAUGGGAGAAAGUUCCCAAAGCCAAUCGCAGGAAUCUCAGCAACGCCACGCUCGAAUGGCUGGACUCGUUCCCGUCAGACUGGCCCGAUAUCGAGUUUCAGGACAUCGCCUUCGCAGCAGUGCCCGAGAACAUCACUGCGGAUGGCAAUUAUAUGACUCUCGGUGCGGCUCUGUUGACGCCCAAGUCCCGCGGAAACGUCACCAUCAAGAGCGCCGACAUGAACGAUUACCCGGUCAUCACAAUGAACUACCUGCUCGACCCGGUGGACCAAGAAGUUGCGGUGGAGGCCUUCAAACGUAAUCGCGAAUGGGGCCGAGGGUCAGGCAUUCUGGUGGAUGAGUUUGAUCCUCCUGCCUCGAUCAAGACAGAUGAGGAGAUCCUCGAGUGGCUCAAGCAGGAAGCGACGUUUAUCUAUCACGUCAGUUCGAGCUGUGCGAUGGGAAGGGAUGAUAACCCGGCCGCCGUGCUCGACACUGAAGCUCGUGUCCGUGGAGUUUCGGGACUCCGGGUUGUCGAUGCAAGCUCCAUGCCGACUCUUGGUCCCGGUCAUCCCAUGGCAACGAUUUACAUGCUGGCGGAGAAGAUCGCCAAUGCAAUCAUCAAAGGGAAGCUAGAAUGA